UGACGUAAUUUAGCUGCGACAGUCACAGUCUCCACCGUGAAAGCAGCAUGAUGGAAGUCUCUCCUUCUGAAAAUGUUUCUCUCAGGGAGUUCGGUUGUGAACAGACCUUACUCUCUCGUCCGGAUGGAUCGGCCUCUUUUGUUCAAGGCGAUACCAGUGUGAUGGCUGGAGUGUACGGACCCGCUGAGGUGAAAGUCAGCAAAGAGAUCUAUGACAGAGCAACCCUGGAGGUCCUAGUUUAUCCUAAAGUUGGACUUCCUGGUGUGAGGGAACGAUCCCAGGAGCAGUGCGUACGCGAAACCUGUGAGGCAUCUCUUCUUUUAUCUCUUCAUCCUCGUUCCUCGCUCACACUCAUCCUGCAAGUGCUACACGAUGCUGGAUCACUCCUGUCCUGCUGUCUAAAUGCAGCCUGCAUGGCCCUGAUGGAUGCAGGCUUGUCUAUGAGUUGCUUGUUUUGUGGAGUGACUUGUGCCAUCAGUACAGAAGGUGAAAUCAUAACAGACCCAACUGCAGCUCAGGAGAAGGAAAGUCGAGCGUUGAUGACUUUUGCCAUCGACAGCAAAGAACACAGAGUAAUGAUGUCAUCAACCCGAGGCUCGUUUUCAGUUCAAGAGCUGCAGCAGUGUAUAGCCAUUAGUCAGAAAGCAUCGGAGAAGAUCUUCCAGUUCUACAGAGACUCAGUGAGGCGGCGGUACUCCAAGAACCUCUAAUCCAAUCCCAAGCUUCUUGCACCCCCCCCUUAUUUUUUUUCU